AUGGAAAGGGGUCGCCAUGUUAAGACCGGGCAGCUGGCAGCGAUCAAAGUGAUGAAUGUUACUGAGAAUGAAGAGGAGGAAAUCAAGCUGGAGAUAAAUAUGCUAAAAAAGUACUCCCAUCACCGGAACAUUGCUACGUAUUAUGGCGCAUUUGUAAAGAAAAGUCCUGCAGGCCAAGAUGAUCAGCUCUGGUUGGUGAUGGAGUACUGUGGUGCGGGCUCCGUCACUGACCUGGUAAAGAAGACAAAAGGGAACUGUUUCAAGGAAGACUGGAUUGCGUACAUCUGCAGAGAGGUUCUCAGGGGCUUAGCACAUCUUCAUGCUCACCAUGUCAUCCAUCGAGAUAUUAAAGGACAGAAUGUUCUUCUCACAGAAAAUGCAGAGGUAAAACUGGUGGAUUUUGGUGUAAGUGCUCAACUGGAUAGGACUAUUGGGAGAAGAAACACAUUUAUUGGCACACCGUAUUGGAUGGCGCCUGAGGUCAUUGCUUGUGAGGAGAACCCAGACUCUACGUAUGAUUACAGA